GCGAGAGAGGAGGUGACUCUCUAGCAGCAUUUAGACACAGCGAAAGGAUCAUGGCGGAUGGCCCCAGGUGUAAGCGCAGAAAGCAGGCGAAUCCGAGGAGGAAUAACGUUGCAAACUACGGCAAUGUGGUGGAGGGUGCGUCGGAUUCGGAUGACGAGGACAAGCUGCACAUCGUGGAGGAGGAGGGCAGUCUGCCGGACGGGGCGGACUGUGACAGCAACCUCCACGAGGAAGAACGCAACGGGGACCGCUGGGACGAAGUGAGGGAGGGGUGCGGCUCAGACGGCGAGGAUGCGGGCAGCACAGACGCCCUGGUGGAAGAGAUGCUGCAGCAGGGCGACACAGCCGUCAUUUACCCAGAAGCCCCGGAGGAGGAGCCGCGGCAGGGCACGCCCGAGGCCAGCAGCCACGACGAGAACGGCACUCCAGACUCGUUCUCCCAGCUCCUCACCUGCCCCUACUGUGCACGGGGCUACAAGCGCUACUCCUCUCUGAAGGAGCACAUCAAGUACCGCCACGAGAAGAGCGAGGACAACUUCAGCUGCUCCCAGUGCAGCUACACCUUCACCUACCGCACGCAGCUGGAGAGGCACAUGACGGCCCACAAGGCUGGACGAGAGCAGAGACACGUGACACAGUCAGGGGGCAACCGCAAAUUCAAGUGCACUGAAUGUGGAAAGGCUUUUAAAUACAAGCACCACCUGAAGGAGCACCUACGUAUCCACAGCGGAGAGAAACCCUACGAGUGCUCCAACUGCAAAAAACGUUUCUCCCACUCCGGCUCCUACAGCUCGCACAUCAGCAGCAAGAAGUGUGUCAGCCUCAUCACAGUCAACGGACGACCCAGAUCGGGAGCCAAGACCCAGGCCCAGUCCCCGGCCAUGCCCUCCUCACCGGCCGCCCUCCGGACACAGACCCGGGACAAGCCGGAGCACGGCAAGCCCCUGCAGGAGCAGCUGCCCCUCAACCAGAUCAAGAGCGAGCCACUGGAUUACGAGUACAAGCCUGCCAUGGUGGUUUCCCCAACGGGGGUCAACGGGGUCUUCAACGGGGGGGGCGUGGCUGCUCCUCUCCAGGGUGCGGUCCAGGCAGUGGUCCUGCCCACCGUGGGCCUGGUGUCGCCCAUCAGCAUCAACCUGGCCGACCUCCAGAACGUUCUGAAGGUGGCAGUGGACAGUAACAUGAUCCGGCAAGUUCUGGAGAACAACGCCAAGGGCCAGCCGGGCGCGGGGCCGCUGCACUCCCAGCAGCAGCUCAUCUCUGCCAUCAGCCUGCCCAUCAUGGGGCAGGACGGCAACGCCAAGAUUAUCAUCAACUACAGCCUGGACCCUGCCCAAGCCCAGGCCCAGCUCACAGCCCAGAACCUGAAGAAGGAGCCCCUGGCCCCGGCCUCAGCCCAAAUCCACCUCCAGGCUCACCCUGAGGCCUGCAAGGGUCAGAAACUCCCUGAGGAUCUGACUGUGAGGCUGUCGAGAGAGAGAGAAGCAAAGGAGGAAACCAAGAUGGAGGAGAAGACCACUAGCACCUGUCUGUUGUGUGACGACUGUCCCGGCGGACUGGACACACUUCACGCCCUCAAGCACUGCAAGAAGGAGGGCCUCAGGAUCAAGGGCAGAGGCCUGGACCAAUCAGAGUCCGCCAUCGCCGCCCUGCUCGCCGAUGGUGACCUCUGUCCAGACCAGCCCAAGAACCUGCUCUCCCUCCUCAAGGCGUACUUUGCCUUAAACGCUGCGCCCACUAAGGAGGAACUGUCCAAGAUCUCCAACUCCGUCAGCCUCCCCACCCACGUGGUCAAGAAGUGGUUCGACAAGAUGCAGGAGGGGCAGAUCUCGCUGGGGGCUCCCACCCCGCCCUCUGAGGCGGAGGAUGAGGGGGACGGCUUUAUUCCGGAGGGUACCACCGCCCUCUUGAGCGCUGAGACCCCUGUUCGGGCACAGGUCAGCCCGGCCGAGGCCACCCAGGCAGAGGUCGAUGGCGCCAGUGUCAGCCCUACCUCCCCCUCGCCACUGAACCUGACCGCCGGGGGGCCGGUCCCGGCUGAGCCCCCCCAGGGUGCCGAGGGACCCCUGGACCUGUCGCUACCAAAGCCCACCAGAGAGGAGGCGCAGAGGGCUGCGGCCAGGGCCAAGCUCCACCCCUCCUCCUCCCGCCGGUCGGCCCAGCAGGACGAGCCCCUCAACUUGACCUGCAUCAAGAAGGAGCCUGGCACCAGCCCCGUCCCCUUCUACGCCAGCCUGCCAAGUGCCAACCCCAUCAACAUCAUGACCACUCAGCUGCCCACGCUCGUGACCAUCACUGACCCGAGCCGGGUGCCCUGCUUGCGGACGCUCACGACCACCACCAAACAGGCCAUCCUCAUCCCCCAGCUGACAUACACCUAUACCACUACGGCCAGCAAUCCGGCAGCCAAUCAGAUGCAGGACAAGACUGUGCUUCUCAACGGCAUCAAGGAGGAGAGGCAGGACACCAGCUCGGAGGGCGUGUCCACGCUGGAGGAGCAGAACGACUCGGACUCCGCCCCUCCCAGGAAGAAGAUGAGGAAGACGGAGAGCGGCAUGUACGCCUGCGACCUGUGUGACAAGAUCUUCCAGAAGAGCAGCUCCCUGCUGAGACACAAAUACGAACACACAGGGAAAAGGCCCCAUGAGUGUGGCAUCUGCAGAAAGGCCUUCAAGCACAAGCACCACUUGAUAGAACACAUGCGCCUCCACUCAGGAGAGAAGCCCUACCAGUGCGACAAGUGCGGCAAGCGCUUCUCUCACUCCGGCUCCUACUCCCAGCACAUGAACCACCGCUACUCCUACUGCAAGAAGGAGGCGCAGGGCGGCGGAGGUGGGCAGGACAGCCCGGAGGAGGAGGGCGACACCGCCGCCGACAUGGUCCUGAGCGUCGGGGAGGUGCAGUCAGACAGCCGGGCCACCUCGCCUCCCUCCCACCUGGACUCAGACGAGCGAGGCAGCAGCGCCAGGGAGGACGAGGAUAGUGAGGAGGAGGAGGAGGAGGAGGACAUGGAGACGACGGCAGGGGGGCUGGACGAGGGCGUCCUAGACAUGGAUGAGAUACAGGUAGUGAAGAUAGGGGAGGAAGGAGGGGAGGAGGAGGAGGAGGAGGAGGAAGGAGAAGAGGGGGGUCAGAAUGGAGAGGACAUGGAAGAGGAGGGGGUGGAACAGGUGGUGGUGGGGGGAGAUGGGGAGGAGGAGGAGGUGGAGAGGGAAGAGAGGGAUGAAGAGGUAGAUACAAGGCAGGGGGAGGGGCAGGAGAACACUAAAAAAGGUGAGGAAGCACAGGUGGAAUCAGAGAAGAGUGUGGUGGAGGACUAUGAUGUCAUCAAAGAGGAUGAAGGUGCAACAAAUGGAAACAGUGAAAAAAACACGGUUUUUGAAGACAAGAACCAGACUCCAGGAGAGAAGGAAGAAGGAGACACAAAAUAAACAAGAAACAAGAAAACGGACCUAUGUUUCUUUUUCUCCCCCAAAAAUGGAUGGAUCUUGGUCUAAAGGAAAGGGUGGAAAUCAAAAUGCAAGCAUUUGGUUGCUUGGACAAGACAUUUCAGUUCACUACUGUGUAUAAAAUCCUGGUGCCUGAAAAAUACUUGUGACUUUUACCACAGGAAAGACAUUCUCAGUGUUAAGAAAUGCAUUUGUUAAAAAAAAAAAAGGAAAAAAAGAAAAACACAAAUUUUAAUGAUGAUGAAAUGCAUUAUACAGACGGAAGCUAGAGCCGACACAUUUUAGAAAAUGUUUUAUUACUAAAACACCUUGGGUCAUUUCUUUUUAUCAGUGUUACUAAUUUUAUCACUCAUAUUUUAACCUUUUAAAAGCUGUACAGUUGGGAAAGAUUUCUAUACCUUUUUAUUGCCAAUGAACAAAAAAACAGUAUUUUAUUAAGUUAGAGAAUGGAAGAAAAAAAAGAAAAUUCUGUGCACUACAAGUGGCUUGGUUUACCUAUGGAUAUAACCGUUUCUGUUGUCUACCCUUCAGUAUUAUCGCACUAGCCCUGCCGCGCCUGCCACCUUAGCGAUGCUAGCAUAACCUUUGUUUUUUGAACGUAUUGUGAGCCUUACGAACUAUGGGGAAUGGAUGAGUUCAGCCAUGUUUUAAAGAUAACCUUCAGCUGAGGUAGAGCUGAGGUAGAGGGAAAGAGACAUUCUGAGGUACAUAGUUUGCAGAGAUACAUUGUUCUAAAUGUUUUGUUUGUUCGAUAUUUGUUGGUAUUCAAAUCUGCGUUACAGUGUUAACGUUCAGAUCAAGCAGAAGUGGAGUAGGCCUACUAAGGAAAUAAUUUUAGCACCCUAUUCCCACUCCUUGCCUUAUGCAAAAAAAGUAAUAAAAACAUGCAUAUCAAAAGUGCCAUUUGAAUAUUGCUGUUUAACCUUAGUAGUUGUUAUCAGGUGUUACCAGAACCCCGAUUUGAUAACAGCUCAAGGUGUCAACUCUUUAAGCCGACCACUGUUGACUUUGGCUCACCAAUGAUCCUGAUGGUGUUAGCAUAGUGCAUACUCAUGUGAUAUAGUUUAGAAUUAUCUUUAGCCUCUUUUCUAAUCAGAGCAAUCAAUGACUGAAAUGACUACAUGUUGUAGAUGGAUGAUAGCGGAAAUGUAGUGUUUCCUGCCUUGAGAUAUUGAAACUCUUUCCCUGAUGAGUGCACUUGUUUGACACUAAUGAAAUGCUACUCUCUCUUCAGGUAAAACAUUUAUUAAAAAAAAUAGACAAAUAUGAUCCCAGGAUUUCAAUUUAGGCGUUAUUUUUACCUGUCAGUAUUAUUUUGUUGUUUUCUUUAUGUUUUUGUUCUAAUGUGUGUACUGUAUGUUUUCAGAAAAAUGGCAGUAUUAUCUUUUCCCCACAAUUAUAUUUAGUUUUAGAAAACUUUUAUAUUUAUGUGUCUUAUUUUUUUAUAUUUCUUUAUGGUUAUUUAUUACACAGUGUAGUGUACAAUACUGUAGUUUGUAUUAAUACAAUAAUAUAUUUUAGUAUGAAAAAUCAUUUCAAUUGCAAAUGACAAAGCUGGAAGAUGAGUCUGGCAUCCUGAAGUAUGUUUUUAUUUCAAAGAAAUGAAAUGAUGUUUUCUCCUGAACAAAACCACACCCUACAAGCCUGAAAAUUGUACCCUGUGACCUCAAUGCAUCUAUUUUAAUGUAAGUCGUUUUUUUCUUUGCCCUCUAAAAUGAAGCUACUGAACUUUUCUGAAAACUAACUGUAUGUCUAAUAGCAUGAGUGUGCUGUUGUAUUGAAGGAUGACAAUACCUUAACUAUAAAAAUGUCCUUUUGCCAAGCCAAAAUAAUAUUGACGUUUUUGUUUUUAUUUUGUGCCAAUUUGUUACUUUGUAUCUUGACGUUCAAGGCCACAAUCUAUUUUCUAUGUCCCUGUUUUAAUCCCAUGUUAUUUUUUUUAAUAGUGAUAUCGUUUUUUUAUGACUCCCCAUCUCACAAAUAAAAUUCAUCAACAACA